UGCUGGGUGCAGGAUCAGCACAUUUAACUGGAAAACAUGAAGCUAUGUAUAGGGCGGCCGGCAAUGACUGUGCCAUUGGGCUCUCCUCCUCCUGCAGCAUCUUGUUUUUACGAUGAACUAACCCCCCCGGCCCAAUAAACCAACACAAUGUUCCCCUCUGAGAAGUUCCGCAAGGCGGCCGGGGUCCUGCUGACCAUCUCCCUGUCUGGGCUGGUCUGCUCGCUGCUGAUCUAUGCCUUACUGCUGGAGGCGGGCAGCAUCGCCAUCUCGGGGUGCAAGAAGAUCGGGUUCUACAACUACUGCCUGUACAACGGGACCAGCGCCGGCUGCUACUGCAUCACCGACCAGGAAGGACUGACGGCCGUGGGAUUAAACUGCCAGAAAGGUCUUCUGAUGUCCCUGGUGUUGACCUACUCGUCCCUGGUCACGUUCCUCAUGGGUCUCCUCACCAUGGCCUUGGCCCUGUCCUUCAACGAGCGCACCCUGUGGAUGUUCCCUCAGGUCUUCAACGGACUCAGCUUGGCUGGACUCUCCGUUGGGCUCCUCAUGUACCUCUGCUUGACCUGGGGGCUCUACGACAUCUCCGAGCUGAGCACCGGGUUCCUGGCUUUGCUCUUGGCCAUCGUAGGCCUGAUCUUGCUCUCCAGCAUCAUGAGACAUUACUCCAGACUCACAGCCAACCCGUUUAAGACACCCACGACUGAUGACAUUUCGGAUCAGAAGUAUAAUUUGGUGGUCUAAACGGGCCACGUAGGGAAGCCCUCAUCUUGGUUACGUUCUUGAUGCCUCUUCAACACAAGGCGGUGGUGGGUCCAGGGCUUUCCGCCCUAAGCUGUCCUCGUUUUUAUGGGACAUUUCGGAAUUGUGGACUCCAAAAGAGGAAAAAAUAAAUAAAUUUGAGGUUGGGGAGGUGUGGCUUAUGGAUAUGUGGGUGUGGCCCAGAAGUCUACAUGAAGCCCAGCCGCCCCAUCACUUGACCCAAUCACCAAACGACGGAAUAAAGUCAAGGCACAAAGCCCAGUUGAGGCCUCCCUACCAGCCCUACUGAUUGUUUUGAUCUCGUUUGUAUCUUUUUCACUAAUUGUAUAUUUACACAUUGUCUAAUAUACUGUGUAUGGGGGGAAAGUUUUCACUGGUUUGGGGGUGGGGGGGGGGUUGGUAAGGAUGGGAGUUUGUAUUCUUGCCUUUGCUAAUGAUUAUUAGUGUAAGUUAUAGAUGGCCUACUCUUAACAACUUUUCAAUUGGUCUUUUUUAUAUAUAUUUUUUUCAAUUAUUUGCCUUCCUAACUCAGUUUUCAAACUGUUACUUUUUAUUCCUUAUCUUUCUAUUCAGACUCUGCUCAUAUUCCUGUCUCUCUUUCAAACCAGUACCUUGUUGCUAAGUUAAGUUGGACCCUAGCAACCAGCUAGCUCAAAUUGCCAACUCUCUGCCGAACACAAAGCUAAAUAAGUCAACAAAUUGCAAAUAAUGAGAAAAUGAAGACCAACUGCAAAUUGUCUCUACAUCAUACUAAGAGUUAAUAUAGAGGUAAAAUACCCCUUUAAACCAGGAAGCAGACUGUCUGCGAGGUUUGAUUUGUAUAAUAAUAAUAAUAAUAUUAUUUAUGGGCCCUUUCCCUAUCAUUAAGUAUUGGGGUUUCUAGCUGGUUGCUAUGGUCAUUGGCCUUAGAAACCAAGCAGCUGGGAGUUAUAGCUUGAUAGAUGGGGCCUGAGUGUAAUGGCUAUUAGGGAAAUAAUGGCUGGCUAUUAGGGAAAUAAUGCUAUUGCCAUUUCUAUUAUUGUUCUAAAUUCCUUAUGUUGUUUAUAUUGAAAAGAUUGUUAUACUGCUGUAAUUCUUCAGUAAUUGUCGCACUGAAUCACUUUAAUAGGAUGGGGAUAUCCAAUGGGCUGCCGGCAGCUCCCAGCACGCUUUCAUAAUAUGUUGGGAUACGCUGGGAGUUGUAGUUCAGCAACAGUAUAACGACUGAUAUGGACAGUUCAUGCAGGGUUUUCCUCUAGUUGAACUACAGCUCUAACCUCCAGCCCAGAAGUUCCUGCAGUUCUGUUGGGCGGCUGCCUGGAUAUUCCUGCCCCCGCACUGCUCUUUGGGAAUCCAGUAUCGAUGGAGAAGAUCAUUCACCUUCUGUGCCUUAAACCGAAUGUGCAUUAUUGUAUCCUCUCCUGUGUUCAUAGUGUUAUAAGCAAUAAUCAUUGGUUAACGAUACAUUUAAAUACAUUUAUAUCUUAUAAACCUC